AUGAAACCAAAUCAAUCAGAAAAUUUAGGAACUGAAUAAGAAAAUAGUAUUAAUAAUAUCUCAACAAAUAUUUUAGGCAAUCAAACUUUGCAUGGUUAAUCAGGUAGACAAUUGCUUGACAGUGGAUAGAAAUCGAAUUCUCAAUUGAUUAAGAAAAUUAGAUAAAAUUUAAAAAACAACAAGGAAAUAAAGAGAGAAUUGAGAGCCUAAGAUUUAGUUGCAGAUAAAUCGUAUUUAAAACACAAUAAUCUAGGUAAUUUAUUAGUAAGUAUGAUAAAAAUUCUCAAAUAUAAUUAUCACAUUAUGGUCCUUAUUAUGCUGGAAAUCCACCAAAGAAUAAAAAAAACUUUGAUGAAAGUCCUUUUUUGAUUGAUUCUCUAUAUGAAGAAGAUAUAGAAGGAUUUAGCAAUUAAGCUUGGAAGAAAUAUCCCUUAGAAAUAUUAAUGAUAAUCUUAAGGUUUAUUAGUUUUAUAACAAAAUCAAACUUUGCCACUAGCUUUAGAUUGGUCAAUAGAAAUGUUUUUGAAAUUAUUGGGGAUAAAGCAGCUUAUUUCCGAUAUUACUUAUUUAAUGAUUAUUUCAAAUAUGAAGUAUUCAUUAAUAUUAUUUUAGAAACCAACUCCAUAUGAAAAAAUGAAAUAUUAAUUGAAUCAGUAGGUUUUUGUUCCUUUAAGAAAAAUGAAGGUUUAUAAUUUAUUAAGCAACAAUAAAUUAAUUUUAAGACCAGAAUCUCUUACUUCAAUAGCUUGGAAUAUUUACAUAUUAACAAUUCUAAAUAUGAAUGUAUUAUAUGUAAGUGCAAGAGUUUCUUUUAAGUUUGAUACAAGCAAUUCAUUUGAUGAUAGCUUUUAAUAAUUUAGAUAAGUAUUAUUCGAUGUUUUACCUUCUUAUUCUUUUAUUUUAGAAAUACUGAUUAAAUUUAACACUUGCUUUUAUCAUAAAGGAACAGUGAUAGAAAACAGAUAUUAUAUUGCAAAAAACUAUAUUCGAACAUGUAAUAAUUAUUUAGAUUCUUAAUAGCAUUCUUUUUUGAUAUUUUUGUUAUUAUUCCAUUUUUUUUGAGUUUAAGAUUUUAAGUAGAUUAUUUGGAUUUAGUAUUGAUUUUGAAAGUAUUUUAGAUAAAAAAGUUUAGUGGAAAUUUGUUUGAUAGAUUAGAAUUAUCAACAAAUUAAAUAGCUAUAUUUGAUUUAAUAAAAUUAGGAUAUACAAUCUUAGCUGUAGCUCAUUUUUGUGCAUGUCUUUGGUUUUUAGUUGGUUCUACUGGAAAUGAUUAAACAUCAUGGGUAGUAAAAAAUAAUAUAUAAAAUGAACCUUGGCAUACUCAAUAUUUAACUUCUUUUUAUUUUAGUAUAGUAACAAUGACAACUAUAGGAUAUGGAGAUAUAACUCCAUUAAAUUUAAGAGAGAGAAUUUUUACUAUUUGCAUGACAGUAGCAGCAGUAGGUAUUUUUGGAUAUUCUAUUGGUAAUAUAAAUAGUAUUUAUGCUGAAUGGAGUAGAAAAAGUUAUGAAUUUAGAUAAAACAUGAAUGCUUUAAAAAAAUAUAUGAGAUUGAAAGGAUUAGAUAAACAUUUAGCAGAAAAAAUAAGAAAAUAUUUUGAAUAUGUAUGGUGUGAUGCAGAAGAGGAAAAUGAUAGAGAGGCUUUUAAAUUUGCUGAAUAAAUACCUGCAUAAUUAUUAGAAGAAAUGAAAAUUGACAUAAAUAUGAAAGUUGUAAAAAGAAUAAACUUUUUGACUGAAAAUUUUAGUGAAUAGUUUUUAAUUUAAUUAUCCAAAAAUUUAAUUGAAGAAAAAUAUGCUCCUGAAUAAAUCAUCUAUAAGGUAAUAUGAAUUUAUAUUAUUUUUAGUAAAAUGAUGAGAGUGAUUUUCUUUAUAUAUUAUAGAAAGGAGAAUUACAAUUUUAUAUAACAUUAAAAAACAAAUAGGAAUCCUAAAAAGUUUUAGAAUCAGUUACUGGAGAGUCUUUACCAUUUGGAGUUUUAGAGUUUUUUCAGAAAUAAAACCAUUAAGUUUCAUGUAAGUCAACCUAAUUCACCUAUGUAUUAAAAAUACAUAGAAGUUAAUUUACUGAGCUUUUAUUAUAAAAUUAAAAAGAUUAUGUAAAAAGUUAGUUAUUUAAUUUAAGUUUACAUUUUGCCAAAUGAAAGAUAAAGUCACAUUCUUAAAUUAAUAAGAUAUAGUUGAUAUUACUUGUAGAGCAUGCAAUAAAACUACUCAUGUAAUUAAAGAAUGUCCUAUGGUUUGUGGAUAUCCAAAUAGAGCAAAAGUCUUAUUGAAUUAUAGAAGGAAUGUACCAUCUGAUAGAAAGAGUUUUAAGAGAACUUUUAAUAGAAGAGUAGAUACACUUAUGGAAUCACAUGAUGUAAAAAAUAGCAUAUUAUUAUUCUUAUGCAAAAAUAAAUUAAUAGAAGAACUAUAAAAUCAUUCUUCUGGUAAAAAACUAUUUUAUAAUUAGAAAAAAAGAAUGAAAAUGAAUCCGAUAUUGAAAGUUAUGAGUCAUUAAAAAUUGGAUAUCAUUUAACUAUAUCAUAAUAAAUUGAAUCAAAACGUCCACUUUCCUUUUAGGGUUGUAAUGAUGCACUAUAAGAUGAUGAACUAGUAAUUAAUAAUUAUUUAUUUAGUAAUUAAAAAUUAAAGAAAUAGUUAAGUAUUUAAAAAAGAAAGAAUCUGUUUAUUCUCAUUAAGAAAGUAAAACAUGCUUAAAAUAAGAUGAUAAAAAUUAACACUUCAAUUUUUUAAUGAAAGGAUCUGAUCAGUCAAAUUAAUUACUUCCAUAAUAAUUAUCAAGUGCAUCUGAAUAAGCUUAUUAAGAUUCUAAUAAAAGAGGAUCAAGGGCUUAAUUGCCAAAAUAUAAAAAUUUAAUAGAUGUAAUCAUAUAAGGAGCUAUGAUUAAUUCACCUAACAAAAUUUUAGUAACUGAAUAAGUUGAACAAGAAGAAGAACCAGGUAAAAUUAGAGGAUAAUUUAUUGAAAUUUUUGAAGGUUUUGAGUAAUUUAAAAACUUUGACAAUUAUUUAAAACACAAUAAUCUGGCAGCUAUUAUUAAAUUACGAGAACGAAAAAAAAGUAGAAGAUAAUGA